GCACGCAUAGAUUUGAGAGCUUGGUUUCUUUGGUGACCACGUCGCAACGUAACAGCUGAUGUCACAAGAUGGCGGAUGCACCGGCCACAUAUGUUGGAAGGAAAACAUUAGAUCGGAUUAUAUAAGCGCCACUAAAACAUAAACACACACAGAGAGAGAAAAAACUGGAGGUGAGAUUUAAAUAAAUAAAUAAAUAAAUUAGUGAGAGCCGGAAUGUGGGCGGAGGAGACGGUGGCCUCGGAUAGCGAGGCUGCAGGUGAGCGCUGGGCUCCGGUGGGCGCCGUCACUAAUCCCGAGGAUGAGCGCAGUCAGAGUCCGGAAGGACAUGGAGCUCCGGGCGGCGAGGCGGAAAUGGCGACGCGGCUGCGGCGGCUGGAGGAAGAGCACGAGCAGCUGCACUCAUCCCUGCUGGCGCUCACGUCGCACUUCGCCCAGGUGCAGUUCCGCCUCAAGCAGAUCGUCCACGGACAGAGCGAGGAGGAGGACAAGGAGAAGAUGCUGAAGGAGCUGGAGGAGUUCGCCUUCAAAGGAUGUCCUCAUGUUCUGGGCUGCCGCGCGCAGCAUCCGCUCCACAACUCGAGCGAGAGGGAAAAGAGGGAGCGCCUGGAGGCUCAGAGAGAAAAGCAGAAGGAGCUGAUUGUCCAGCUGAAGGUGCAGUUGGAUGAUUUGGAGCGUUUCGCCUACCAGGAAGGCAGCUAUGACUCACUCCCCCAGUCUGUCGUCAUGGAGAGGCAGAGGGUGAUCAUCGACGAGCUGAUUAAGAAGCUGGACGUGAACCUGAACGAGGACAUCGGGAACCUGACGCCCGAGGAGCUGCGACAGCGUGUGGACACCGCCAUCGCACAGAUCGUCAACCCCGUGCGCGUUAAAGAGCAGCUGGUGGAACAGCUCAAAACCCAGAUCAGAGAUUUGGAGAUGUUCAUUAACUUCAUACAAGAUGAAGUGGGGAACCCGCUCCUGUCAGACAGAGGGAGCAGCCAGCAGAGUCAAUCCACCGGACCCAAACCACGAGGACACGGCGGCAUGAAGCAAGUGGACCCUGAGCGUGCAGAACAGCUGCGUGCCAGCGGGCUGCGUCUGGUCCAGCGUGCUUUAGCGGUACUGCAGAUCUUUGCUCUGAGCCAGCUGGGCUGUUCAGCAGGCACCAUGCCCCCAAAGGCAUGGCCGCCAGCCGACGGAGCUUCUGAUUACGGCCCCCUGCUGAACAAACUCGAGGGAGCCGUGGAGCGUGUACGCCUCCUCGCCUCUUGCCUCCAGCCUGCAGGUCAGGACGAGCCUGUGGUGAGCUACACGUCCGCGGCGACGCCCUCGGCCGCCCCUUCAGGACCUCGGCACGACCUCGUCGUGGCCGUGAGGAAAGAUCUGUCCCUGGCGCUGCGCGACCUCCUCGCUCACGGCCUUUACGCGCCCUCCGAAGGCAUGAGCUUGGUCCUGGCGCCUAUUUCCUGCCUCCUGCCAUUCUCCGGAUCCUCGCAGCAGGACUCCCUGCACCCCUGGGAGCUCUUCGUUAAGUAUUAUCGCGGGAAAAACGGCCCAGCUUUCGCCGAAUCGCCUGCUCGGCAGCUGUCGCAGUCCUUCAGCCUGCCCGUCGGAGGAACCUCGACGGUCGUGACUCCGAAACACUCGCUCCUGUGGGCGGUGCACAGCGUACUCCGAGAGCACGGACGCUACAAACGCAGUGCGGACUCUGAGUUCAAGGCGCUGGUGUGUAUGGCACUGAACGAGCAGAGGCUGGUGUCCUGGGUCAACCUGCUGUGCAAGGCGGGGACUCUGAUCCACACUCACUACCAGCCCUGGAGCUACAUGGCGCAGACCGGCUUCGAAGGGGCGCUAAGAAUUCUGGGACGCCUCAGCCACCUGAAAUUCGAUCUACCCGUCGAUUUAGCGGUGCGACAGCUCAAAAACAUCCAGGACGCGUUCUGAGUCCGUCGACAUCUGAUUAUUUCAAAGAGGACGAGAACAGAGUCCAAAUGUCUGAUCUGAUCUGAUCCGAUCUUAAAACCAACGAACUGUCUUUAUUUCAUCAGCAUCCAAGAUUUACUUUUAAUCGUGUAAAUAAAUAAAUAAAUAAAUAAAUAAGGUAGAUUUGUUUAAUAUCUAAAAGUGUUUCCAGACCUGAAUAUAAUCUCAUCAUUUUAAAGACAGCAUAUUCUGAAAUAUCGGAAAUAAGCUCCGCCCCCACCACGUGAGGCAUACUGCAGUUUCAGCUGAGGGGGGCGGAGUCUGUGAAAUGAGAAACGCUUAUCAGAGGGCUCCUAAUAUUAAAAACUGCUCCUUUAAUUUGUUUUUGGGUAACACCAUCCACGCCACGGUUAAAGAACCUGACCUGAAGCUCUUGACCUGUAUCUGCACGAUGGUAUACGCUGUGCUGCUGCAACACGAUUGGCUGAUUGGAUAACCGCAUAAAUGAGCAAGUGUUCCUAAUAAAGUGGAUGAAGAGUGGGUAAUUCUAGGUUUAUACUAGCAAGUGACAAGUCACAUUUGUUGCGAUGUUGACCUCUUGUAGGCGAGUACCAACCGUUACUGCCGUAGCUUGUGGGUGUGGCCUGUCCAGUGGCAUGCUACUUCCUUCCAAGCUUCAUUUUUCAUAUACGCGUCUAUUGAGAGGACACACAGUAUACGACAGGAUAAGACGAAACCUCCUGUUGUUUUUUUUCUCGACAAACAGUAAACGCGAACUAACAUGCCGAAGAAACGUCUUCGUUUAAAAACAAAGCGUACAAAGAGAUUUCAGAGAUCGUUUUAAAGCAGGUAGAAAAUCUGUGCUGUUGUUUUUUUCCGGGCUGGAAAAAAUUUAAACGAUGACAACCUGAAAUUUAGGGGGGGGGACUAGUGAAGCUAAAAGCAUGGCACUGUUCCAAAUGACAAUGUUUUAAGGGAUCGGUGAAAUGAUGGGGUUGUUACAGGAUUGGAAACACUUUUAGAAAUCACAGACUGCACCUUUAAUAUUGUUUUGUUCCUGUUUAUUGAAUUGAAGUUGGAGAGACAGUAAAGUUUUACAUUUUUUUUUUGCUAAAGUGAUCCUGGGAAUUUCUUUCACCUCCUGUAUGUCUGUUAAGUGAGGUGUGUGUGUGUGUGUGUGUGUGUGAGAGAGAGAGAGAGAGAGAGAGAGAGAGAGUGUGAGCGAGCGAGCGAGCGAGAGAGCGCUGACUAUUUGCUGCUACUAAGCAUCUUUCAGGUUGCAGGUUGAUCCGAUCGACUUCACGUCACGUUCCUUUUAUACUGUAUAUUUUCACAGUCGCUGAAUCUCCUUGAACUGCCCUGAAAUCUUGAAUGUAAAUCCACACUACUGUGCCCUACUAACCCUUUUUACUGCAGAGUUCUUUUUCUUUUUUUUUUUUUUUUCUUUUUUUUUCUUGAGAAAAGUUAAAGGUAUAUUUUUAUGGACCAGUUUGAUAAAGAACCCCGGAUGUGAUGAAUACAUGUGUUGCGCAUUUAGUUUUAUUUAUUUCAUUCGGUUUCUGGUUCCUUUUUCUCAGAUGAUGUGCAUCAUCAGACCUGCACCUUCUUGUUUUAUUUUUUCCCCACCUUUGAAUAAAUCUUUUAUUAGUGUCGGAUAUGUUCGUUUGCGUUUGUGUGCGUGUUGAUGUCAUCAUGGUUCAUAAAAUGUCAUUUAUCUUUAGUUGAUCUUUACUUCCCAUUUCCUUUAGCAUCAUUGUUAUUAGAUUUUUAAUUUAACUUUUUAUUCUUUUGCCCCCCCCCUUUGUGUGUGUGUGUGUGUGUGUGUGUGUGUGUGUGCGCGUGCGCGUAAGAUAGAAGGAUUAUGUAUUGUACUUGAAAAUAUAUUUGAUUCAGGUUGAUUCAGUUGCUGUAUUAAUAAAAAAAAUCAUGAAGGGGCUGAUGGGAACUUGAAGUUUAGUCUGUUUUGUUUUUACCAUUGAUUUCAUUUAAUCAAUCUUUUUUUGUAUUAAAUACUUCAAAGCAAUUUGA